AUGCCGCUUAAAAAGAAUCUCAGACGGUCUCCGAGGCUGAAUUCAGCUCAGGGAGGCGCCGCCGACGCAGAAGCCGGCAAUGCUGGUGAAUCAAGCUCGAGAAAGGGAAAGGGAAAGCUGGAGUUGGUAGUGUGGGAGGAGAUGUCUCCUCUGAGACGGUCCCCGAGAUUCCCGGCGACUGCUGCAACAGAUUCCGGUCACGGUGUUAAGCGGAAAAGAUCUAGGGGUCCAGAAUUACCAUUGAAUGCUGACCUAAAGGACCACAAAUCAGUUUUGGAUGGGAAAUUCAUUCAGGAAAAGAGUUUAAGAAAAUCUCCAAGACUGUGUGUUGGAAUGGAAUUUAGGAGAUCUCCACGACUUUCAUCUUCAAGUGGGAAUAAAAACUUGCAAAGUAUUGAUUCUCAAGAAAAAAAAAUCUCAACAUCAGUUCACCAAAAGAAGAAAAUUACAAAAGUGAUUUCUACUUCCUUUGAGUUGUCUAAUUCACCAGUUGAACAGCAUUCCAAUGCUAAAACUACGUCAAGAAACUCUACUCCUAGAAUUAAUGAUAAAAAAUGCUUGAGAUGGUCUUCAGAGGCAAUCACAUCCCCAUCCUGGGUUGAAAAUGACAGAACAAGUUCUGAUUCCUUUGUCUUGCCUGAGUUAGAUGGCAACUCCCCAAGAAAGAAAUUUAAAGCAUCUGUUUGUUUAACAAACGAAAGUAUGGAUGAAAAAAACACUCCUUCCUUCAUUGGUGAUCCAAUACCUGAUGAUGAAGCUCAGAAAAGAUGGGGAUGGCGUUAUGAAUUGAAGGACAAAAAAUGCAACAAAAUAAAUGAGGAUGAAGAAGAUGAGAUUAUUGUAAAUGUCAAAUGCCAUUAUGCUCAAGCUGAAAUUGGGAAUUGCAUUUUUAGUCUUGGCGAUUGUGCAUUUAUAAAAGGUGAAGGAGAACAAAAAUAUGUUGGCAAGAUUAUUGAAUUUUUCCAAACAACUGAUAGCAAAAAUUAUUUCCGAGUCCAAUGGUUUUACAGAAUUCAAGAUACGGUCGUCCAAGAUGAAGGUGGUUUUCAUGACAAGAGGCGUUUAUUCUAUUCAUCAAUAAUGAAUGAUAACUUAAUAGAUUGCAUAACAGCAAAAGUCAAUGUUACACUUAUAAAACCUAGGGUUGGUCUGAAGUUUACUUCUGUUUUACCAUCUGACUUUUAUUAUGAUAUGGAAUAUUGUGUGGAUUACUCUGCAUUCCACAACAUACCAACAGAUAAUCCUGUUAAGAUUAAUGAAUUAUCACCGCCUGCUGUUCUUGAGAGUCUCUCAACAGAGGCGUCUACCCUUACCAAGAGUCUACCCAGUUCUGAUUUGCAAAAGACAGAAUUAGCGUUACUAGAUCUCUAUUCUGGCUGUGGUGGCAUGUCAACUGGAUUGUGCUUAGGGGCCAAAAUUUCAUCAGUUAAUCUUGUCACGAGAUGGGCUGUUGAUAGUGAUAGGUCUGCAAGUGAAAGCUUGAAACUAAACCAUCCAGAUACAUAUGUGAGAAAUGAAUCUGCUGAGGACUUUCUGGAACUAUUGAAGGAGUGGGAAAAGCUAUGCAAACGGUAUAAAGGCAAAGAUGCAGAAAGCAUGCUUCAAUUACGAUCAAAGACCUCAGCAACAAAGAAACAAGUGAAUUGUCAUGCUCAUGAAAUUCCUAGUCUUGAACUUGAAGUUUCUAGGUUAGUUGAUAUAUGCUACGGUGAUCCCAGUGAAACAGGGAAACGUACAAUAUAUUUUAAGGUGCAUUGGAAGGGUUACAGUGCAAGUGAAGAUACAUGGGAACCAAUUGAAAACAUGAGUAAAUGUAAGGAAAGCAUACAGGAUUUUGUGAGAAAAGGGAUGAAAUCAAAACUCUUGCCUCUUCCUGGUGAUGUUGAUGUUAUUUGUGGGGGUCCCCCUUGUCAAGGAAUUAGUGGAUAUAAUCGCUAUAGAAACACUGCAUCACCACUGGAUGAUGAAAGAAAUCGUCAGAUUGUAGUUUUCAUGGACAUUGUGAAAUUUUUGAAGCCUAAGUAUGUUUUAAUGGAGAAUGUGGUUGAUAUAUUGAGAUUUGACAAGGGUUCACUUGGAAGAUAUGCAUUAAGUCGUUUGGUACAUAUGAAUUACCAAGCAAGAAUGGGAAUCAUUGCUGCUGGAUGUUAUGGUCUUCCACAAUUUCGAUUGCGUGUUUUCUUGUGGGGUGCUCAUCCUAGUGAGGUUCUACCCCAAUUUCCACUGCCAACACAUGACGUUAUUGUUAAAUACUGGCCUCCAUUGGAGUUUGAGCGCAAUACUGUUGCUUAUGAUGAAGGCCAACCUCGUGAACUAGAGAAAGCUAUUGUUAUUCAAGAUGCCAUCUCUGAUCUUCCUGCUGUCACAAACUGUGAAACUCGUGAAGAAAUGUCAUACCAAAAUCUUCCACAAACAGAAUUUCAAAGAUAUAUAAGGUCAACUGAGUAUGAGAUGACUGGGUCAACUUUAGAUGGAGCAACAGAGAAAAGGCCUUUACUAUAUGAUCACCGGCCCUACUUUUUGUUUGAAGAUGAUUACCUACGUGUUUGUCAAAUUCCAAAACGAAAGGGAGCAAAUUUCCGGGAUCUGCCUGGUAUAGUUGUAGGAGCUGACAAUGUGGCUAGGCGGCAUCCAACAGAGAAUCCGUUGCUACCAUCUGGAAAGCCAUUGGUCCCAGAUUAUGCCUUCACUUUUGAGCAAGGGAAGUCUAAGAGGCCAUUUGCACGGUUGUGGUGGGAUGAGACGGUUGCCACUGCACUGACCUUCCCAAGUUGUCAUAACCAGGCAGUACUACAUCCUGAGCAGGAUCGAGUCCUCACUAUACGAGAAUUUGCCAGGCUGCAAGGAUUUCCUGAUUAUUAUAGAUUCUGUGGGACCGUGAAAGAGAGGUACUGUCAAAUUGGAAAUGCAGUUGCUGUUCCUGUUGCACGGGCUUUAGGAUAUGCCGUAGGAAUGGCAUGUAGAAAGCUCAGUGGAAAUGAGCCACUUAUGACCCUCCCACCAAAAUUCUCUCUCUCCAAUCACCUUCAAUUAUCAAAUAAUCAGCUCGGCAACACUGACUAGCAUUCAUCCUAUUCUAUUCCACUAAUUUAAUGAUAACCGGCAUUGAUAUUUAAACUUCUUGCUGAGCAAUUUUUAUUCAUGUAUCUCUAGUAAACUCCACAGAAACUUCACUUGAGUCGAAUACACAAUCUCAUUCAUUUGCACAGCUCCUGUGCUACGAAGU